AUGGGUGUUAUCACUUACUCUCAAGAGUUCACAUGUGCCGUCGCUCCAUCAAGAAUGUUCAAGGCUUUGAUCCUUGACUCACACAACAUCAUUCCAAAGAUUGUCCCUGGGGGUAUCAAGAGCGUUGAGUUCAUUGAGGGAGAUGGUAGAGUUGGCAGCAUUAAGCAGACCAAUUUUGGCGAAAGUGCUCAUAUCAAGUACACGAAGCACAAGAUUGACGCUCUUGAUGUUGAGAACUUUUAUUGCAAAUAUACUUUGAUUGAAAGUGAUAUCAAGUUCGACAAAAUCAAGUUCAUUGUCUAUGAGGUGAAGUUCGCAUUAGCUAAUGGUGGAUGUGUCUGCAAGAUGACUAGUGAGUAUCACGUUGAGGAAGGCGCAGAGCUCAAGGAAGAUGACAUCAAGCAUGGAAAAGAUAGGGCUAUGGGAUUGUUCAAGACAGUUGAAGAGUACCUUUUGGCAAACCCCGCUGUUUGUGCUUAA